UCCGUUGCCAAUGCACUAUGGACACAUGUAAACAAUAUGGCGACCAAAUGUUUUUUUUUACUGAAAUGAAGUCGAUAUUUCAGAAUAAGUUCGCAUUUGAAAUAAAAUAUAAUAACACAAAUGAAUACAACGUUACACAAGAGACUUUGCUAAAAUUUUGAAUAAUGCAGGUUAUUAACGUAAACCAACUUAAAUGUUGAAAAUUUCGACUCAAUUGCAUGUAAUUUGAAUUUCAAAAUCAAAUGAGACAGUUAAAGUCUGAAUGAAACUAAAACAUAUUUAGAUAAAUACUGUGACAUUGUUUUAGUAUAAGUAAGCAUGGCAACAACAAAUAAAAAGGGAAAUUUAAAAGCUCGUGUUCAAACAAAGGAGCGUGAAAAGCUUGUUUUCAGUAUCUUUGUAAGAUUGUUCACUAAUGAAAAAUUCCAAUUGAAAAAUAUUUCCAAUGACAUGAAAAUUAAAGACCUUAAGAUGUAUAUGGAAUUUGCAACUGGUGUCCCUGUUCAUAUGCAAAGGAUUAGUUAUUUAGAUGAAGGUGAACUUUUGGAUCACACAGACAUAAGAAGUAAUGACAUAGUGGCAGGUGCAACAUUGAGCAUGGCCGUCUGGCCAAUGUGGAAGGAACUCAUAGAAGCAUGUGCAGCAAAUGACAUUGAUUGGGUAUUCCGCUUGGGUGUAAGCCAGCCAACCACAUACCACACUCCUGGUAGUGAUUACAUGACAAAGCGUGCAAGGAAAGCUUGGCUUCAAGAGAGGGCCUUCCUUGCCUUAUUUAUUGCUGCCCACAGAGGCCAUGAAAAACUAGUCAGGCGACUUUUAGAGUCUGGUGCUGAUGUAAAUGCAAGCACCCUGCUUGGAAGGACACCCCUUCAUGUUGCCGCUUCACAGGGACAUGGAAAUAUUGUAGAUUUACUCCUGGAACAUGGUGCCGACAUUGAUGCCGAAGACGAAACUGGUCAAAAUGCUCUCAAUAUUGCUGCCAAGUUUGGACAUAAAACCUGCGAGCGCCACUUGUUCUUAUUCCGCUGGCAAGAGCGCGCCAAGCGAACCAAACCCAGCGCUGAACCCCCACUUAUGGCUCACCAAUACUACGACUCAGCUUUUCCUGUUUGGAAGAAAGGGGGAAAAUGUCAGGUGUACUUUAUGAAUAUUUUGCCACCCGGGGAGUACGAAGGGACAAGAUUUGGGUCUCCAAAGCGUAGAACCGACUUGACAGAAGAAGAGAUGAAAGAGUAUGAAGAAAUAGGGAAAGAUGGAAAGUUACCAGCAAUUUCUGAGGGGAAGCGAUGGAGAGCAAAAAGUGGACCAGCCCGAAUUGGCAAGAGAGGAGCUGUGUCAUAUGAUGAGUGGCUCGGACGCAAACUGGCUGCCGAGCAAAAAAUCCUUGAUAUAAAGAAAGCGGCACAGGAGAAGGCGAAAUUAGAAGAGGAGGAAAGGAUUUUGAAGUUGAAGCGACAGGAGGUUGAACAAAGUGAAUCCUACGAGACCUGGCUGGCCAAUAAAGAGACAGAAAGACGAACUGUGGCUCCUCCCUCAGGCCCGCCCCCUGUCCCAGGCCCGGCCUCUAUCAUCCGCCCACCGGAGCUCGACAGUUCUGACCGCACCCAAGACUCGGUCAGACAGGACGGUUACUUGCGAACAUAUCUUCGAUCAUUGGAUGAGCGGAAAAAAGCAAACGCUUAUUUCUGUUUUGAGGACUGGCUUGACGAAAAAGAGAAAACCGUUCUUGGAAUUCAAAGACAUAAAACAACAUUUGCCACAUGAUCUUUGCAGAGUUUCAUUCUUUUUUAUUUAUUUAAAUGAUAAAAUAUGAACAUUUAUCCAACAUCUUAUUUGAUAUAUUGUUCAUGUAGGUUAUUUAUUUUGAUUUAAAGAAAAUAUGCUCACAGGAUUUUUACUCUGUGACUAUAUUAAAGUUUUAAACGUUUUGUGCUGAGUUUUGGUGACUAUUUUCCAUUUUUCAAUGUUAAUUAUAUUUUUUUUUGUGGUUGAAGAAGUUGGGGGAAAAGUUAAGAAUGUUUAACUGAUUUUGAUAAAAUAUUGCUUAUUUACAAUUAUCAAUCUCUUACAUUAUAAUGGUGUUUAAAAAAAAUAUUUUGAAUAAUAAAAAGUUAUUAAAAGUUUAAACUGCCAAUUGUUGAGUAAUUCAAAAAACCAAGGUUGAUUUAUCAACAUUUCAUAUGUUUUCUGAGUAGUUUGCCUUUGACAAAUGGAAAAUACAUACUAAAACUAUAAAUUCUAAUAAAAGUAUUUUGUUUGAAGAUACAAAAUAUUGAUAUUGUCACUGUUUGUUUUCUAAAAAACACAUAUUAUUGGAUGAUAUAUUUUAGGAUAUCACUGUUUAUGGACAACAAUUUUCAUUUCAUUAACAUCAAGAGAGAUAUAAAAAAAAUGCCAUCAGUCAAUGGAAGCAACAAUAUUUAAAGAGCCAUUUGUCAUAUUGCCUAACUCGACCCACACUUAGAAAUUUCAAUUUGUAUGGCCCAAAUGUUACAGAUUUGUUUGAAAUAAUAGUAUAAUAAAACUUAAUUGAAUACAUUUUGUAUUAUUGACAUGCAUUUGAUGCUUGGAUAAACCAUUUUGGUUUAACUAUUUUGUUCAUUUCAAUAUCUAUGCACAGGGAUGAAUAAUUUAUAAGAUCAAUUAACAGUGACAUUCAGAUUAUAUUUGUCUAAAAAACGGUGUCCAAAUAUUUUCCAUGCUGUAUUUUGGUUGCAAUUGCUUACUAUCCACAGCAUUUAAAUACAGGUAUGCUUUUCAUUAUGUAUUUCCGUUAUUUUUUUUAUUUUUUUUCGAAUUCAAGGAAGCAAAAUAAGACUGACGAUAAAAAUUGAAUACAAAAAUGUAUGAUAUUAUUUCUUUAAAAUAGUUUUUUUAUCUAAAUAAUGAUAUUUCUAAUAAGCUUUUGUAUCUAUUUAAUUAAAUUAUUACUAAAAAUUAAUUUGAUUAAUUUGUGACAAUAAAAAACACACACUUGAAUGAUAAUUAAAAAUGCUAAGAUGAUGGCAUGGCUCAAUUUGGUAGAAAGAAUGCAGGUAAUGUUACCUUAUCAUGGAAAUCAAAAUUUUAGAAAAAAUGUGUCCAUGUUAUUUCAACAGAAAACAUUAACAACCUUUAAUUGAAUUCACAGAGUUGGAACUCAGUGAUAUAUGUUUGAUAAAAAUGUGAUCAUGCAUAUUGUAUAUUUUUACAUGAAUUUUCAUAAAAAACGUAUGUUGAGUAUUAUUUUAAAUUGUCUGUUUCAUAGUGUAUAUUUUACUUUUAUAUUUUUUAAGCAGUUAAUUGAAAUAAACCGUGAUAUGUUU